AUGAAGAAAAAUCUAAAAGGGAAACGUUUUGAUGAUGUGGAGGCAGUAAAAACAGCUUUGCUAAGGGCAUUGGACGAUAUCAAGGUUGAAGAGUUCCAGAGAUGCUUCAAACAUUGGGGAAAAAGAUUUCACAAGUGCAUCGCAUUUAAUGGAGAUAGAUUUAUUAUAUUGAUAAUAUUUGUUUAUAUUGUUUAUUUAGAUGGUGGUUUAGAAGAACUUAUUGAUGAGCUUAACAGUGGAAAAGUUAUGUAUGCUUUUUGCAAAGUAAUAGAUCAGAAUACAAGUUUACCAAAAUUUGUUUUGAUUAAUUGGCAAGGUGAAGGUGCACCUUUAUCCAGAAAAGGAAGUUGUGCCAAUCAUGUUGUUGAUGUUGUAAACUUCUUUAAGGGAGCUCAUGUAACAAUUAAUGCACGUACAGAAGAUGAUGUAGAACCAUCAUUAAUAAUGGAAAAAGUUGCAAAAUCAACUGCCUCAAAAUUCAAUUUCAAAGAAAGAUCAGAUCCUGUAGAAAAUAUAACACCAGUGGGAAGUGUGUAUAAGCGAAUUCAACCAACACGAGAAAUUGAUCCUAUUGAGCGAGAGAAAUUUUGGAUGAAGGAACAAUUGAAAGAAGCUCAUGCUAGAGAUGAAGUAAUUAAAGAAAGAAGUCGUUCAAUAUGUAAAAUGAGAGAAGCUGAAAGAAAUGCAGAAAAUUCUGCUCGAAAUGCUUGGGUGGAAAAAAAGCAAUGGGAAAAACAACAAGAAGAUGAUGCCAAAGAAGAAAAAGAACGAAUGUCACGAAGUGAAAGUCUUCGCCGAGAAAGAAAUCAAGAAGCACAAGCACUUAUUUCAAAGAGAACAAUAAAUGCAAGGGCAAUAUUUGAACAAAAUACCUGUGCUGGACAAAUGAGUGCCAUUAGUGCAGGAAGAAGAGCAACGUAUCCUGCAAUUCAACUAAAUUCCUUUCAAAUGAUGGCUAAACAAAUGGCAUUAAUUCCUCCAGAAUUACUAGCGGCUUAUCAAAGAUCCAAAAUCAGAAUUGGUAAUAAUAUUGAAGAUUUAUUGAAAAACAGUGAUUUAUUGGGUGACAAAAACAGUUCAUGCAUUCCUGUUAGAGUCUCUGUUACAAGUUACAAAACUUGUAUGGAUAUACCCAUUGUAAUCAUUAAACAUAUGGUUAAAUUGAAAGAAGCUCAUGCUAGAGAUGAAGUAAUUAAAGAAAGAAGUCGUUCAAUAUGUAAAAUGAGAGAAGCUGAAAGAAAUGCAGAAAAUUCUGCUCGAAAUGCUUGGGUGGAAAAAAAGCAAUGGGAAAAACAACAAGAAGAUGAUGCCAAAGAAGAAAAAGAACGAAUGUCACGAAGUGAAAGUCUUCGCCGAGAAAGAAAUCAAGAAGCACAAGCACUUAUUUCAAAGAGAACAAUAAAUGCAAGGGCAAUAUUUGAACAAAAUACCUGUGCUGGACAAAUGAGUGCCAUUAGUGCAGGAAGAAGAGCAACGUAUCCUGCAAUUCAACCUACAUUAACAGAAGAAGUAACACGAUCCUCAUCGAUGUCCUCACCUACAGAACCUCAAACAUUUUAUUCACUACAAGAAACUGACAUAGUUGAACAAGAAAGUCUUGAAAGGGAAAAUCAAGAAAAAACUUUAACUUCUCAAAUACCACCUGAACAUUUCAAUUAUACAAGAAAUCUUUUGAAAGAAGGUUUACCUCCUCGUCAAGAUUCUGAAUUAGAUAAUAAUCUUGAAGAAGAACAAAAUUGGGAUGAACCAACUUUGGAAGCACCACCAGAUGUUAGAGAUCCAUUAACAGAAAUGAUGGCUGAACAUGGCAUAAAUGUUUCACAACAGCAGCAAGUUAAAGAUCCUCCUCAAGUUAUAAUGGCAAAUAAUGAAGAAAGGACAUGGGUAGAUUUAAGAGCAAGGGCUUUAUAUGAUUAUCAAGCUGCUGACGAAACAGAAAUAUCUUUUGAUCCGGAUGACAUAAUAUCUCAGAUCGAACAAAUUGACGAAGGUUGGUGGCAAGGAAUGGCUCCAGACGGCUCAUACGGUUUAUUUCCUGCUAAUUAUGUUGAACUUCUUGACUGAAGACAAAGUAAUCUGUAAUACUUAAUGCACUGUUAAUUAUUAUUCUGUGCAGUAGUUUGCUUGUAUUUGUUAAAAUAAGAGUUAUAAAAGUAUUGAUAUUGAAGAGAAAAUUGUUAAAAGAUUAGAUAUUGUUAAGAAUGUUUAAGGUUGACUGGUAAAGAAGUUAAAUCAGCAGAUUUUCCUUUCUUUGCUAUUGAUACAAAAUUUCUCAUUUUAAAUAUUUUCAUAGCUCAUUAAGAAGUAAAAACAGUUUAUUCGUGUUUUAUAAUUUUCUUUUAGCAAUAACAAUAUUCACUCUUGCAAUGUUGUGAAUAUAUAAACCUAUAUAAAAAUUUAUUUGAAAA